AUGGAUUCAAAACCAUUUUUCUCCCUCCAAUCCAUCCGCAAAACAGCAGCUGCAAAUUUCGGAUCAUCUGGAAUCCUCCUUUGCUGUUCUCAGGAAUCAAUGGUGAGGGAGCUUAGUAUUGAGUCUUUCUACUCUCGGCUGAGGGAAUCAGCUCUUGCCUCAGCUCUAACUGCGCCUCUUCUGAUCUUCCCCUCUACCUCGGAUGUGGAUUCACUCUGUGCCUUGAAAAUCAUAAGCUGCGUCCUUGAAUCUGAUUCAAUUAGGUAUGCCUGUUACCCGGUCUCGAGCUUCAAGGAAAUCCACAAGUAUGCCGGGUCCAACCUUAGCUCAUCAUCCGACGAGCCCAUUACGGUUCUGUUGAUCAAUUGGGGUUGCCAUAGGGACCUAAGGAGGGAUCUGGAGAUCGGCCAGCCAGCACGUGUUUUUGUUGUUGAUAGCCACAGACCCAUUCAUUUGCACAAUCUGAGUGAUGAAAAUGAUGGCGUGGUGGUGCUCUACACCAAAGAUGACGAGAACCAGGCAGAUUUAGCAUAUGAUUUUGAUGUGUCGGCUCUUGCUAAUGCUAGUGAUUUGAAUAGUGAUGAUGAGAUCGAAGAUUUUUCAGAUACUGAGGAUGAAAAUGAAACUGAUGAGGAGGAGGAUAACAGAGGUGAAAGUAGGAAAAGGAGGAGAACUCUGGAGGAAAAUGAAGAUAACCCCGUAAAGCUCUUCAGAAAACUCAAGAGAGAGUAUUAUUACAUGGGCACUUUCCAUGGGAAGCCAUCCGGUUGCUUGAUGUACGAGCUUUCUCAUUCCUUGAGAAAGAACAAGAACGAGCUACUCUGGCUGGCUUGUGUGGCCCUGACAGACCAGUUUGUGCAUGAAAGACUAACAGAUGAGAGGUACCAGGCUGGUGUCAUGGAACUCGAGCAGCACAUAAACAGCUCGGGGAAUUUGGAUCGUGUGGCCUCGAUCCAACUAAAAGAUGGCACAAAAGUCACCGUGCCCCACGCUUCACGAAUUGCUUACGAGGAUGAGCCUAGAUUGAUGUUACUGCAGGAAUGGAACUUGUUCGACUCAAUGCUGUGCUCAUCCUACAUAGCCACGAAACUGAAAACGUGGAGCGACAAUGGACUGAAAAAGAUGCAGCUGCUUUUGGCCCGCAUGGGCUUUGCUCAGGAAGAAUGCAAGCAGAAGUUUCAGUACAUGAGUGUCGAGAUCAAACGCAGGAUGAAGGACAUGUUUGAACAGUAUCUACCUGAAUUUGGGCUCACAGAUUUUUAUUACCGAGGCUUUCUCUUGUUGCAAGGGUACAAUGCAAAAGUAUCUGCUGCUGAUGUGGUGUAUGGCGUGACGGCCCUUCUAGAAUCUUCUAUAGAGUCGGAUGGCUCAUCGAGUUCGAAACAAUUCGGUAUGGCCUAUGAUGCAUUAUCCUUAAACAAGCUCGAGAAAUUGGAAACUGGAAUGAGACAGGCUAUUAAUGUUCAGAGGGCGGUUUUGAGACAAGGAAGCACGGCCAUAACAAGAAAGGGGUCAAUUAGAAGCGGUAGCAAGUUCAGGUGGGUGAAACUCGAGGACUCGGCCGAUACAAAAAUGUUGUGUUAUCCGCAGGCUCUGACAAAAUUUGGGUAUUUUUUGAUGGAUGCCUUGCGGGAGAAGGGGGCCAGGAUGAAGCCAUUGGUGUGCGUUUGUUAUGUAAGGGAACGUGAGAAGGUUUUGAUAGUGGGUGUAUGUGGGAAGCCAAGACUCGGAGCAGUUCAGGGCAAUGCGUUUGGGGCGGCUUUCAGGAGAGCGGCUGAGGAGACGGGAGCUGACUAUUUUCACGAACUUUUUGAGUCGUCUUGGCUGGUUUUGGAAGCUGCAGCUGUAAAUUCUUUCAUGAUCAGAUUGAGAGAGAAACUUUUCUGA